AUGGCGCCACUGUCUCACUCGCAAGCCAGGGAAACGCCGUACAGCGACUGGUUCGAUGGCACUUUUUAUACAGACACGCAUUCGCACCCUACGCCACGGGAUCCUACGUCCUCUAUACCACAGACGGAGGCGAAGAAAAACUGGACGGAAGAGAAAAGUCGAGGUUCUCGACAUAUACUUGACACUGCGCCUUUCUCCCUAUGGGACGAUGAUGCCCAUGACUAUACUAGGCUAACUAGAGAGAACAGUCGCUGGAUUUUUGACAAGUACAACGCGACGGCUUCAAGUGACCCUCUGAUUGAAACAUACCAGGCGAUUCCAUGGACACCCCCAUCUCCGCAGAACGGGGCAGAAAUCUGGGAUGUCUUCAAAGGCGUCGGUAGCGUGCACUCCCUAAAUUUUAUAUGGCCAACCCUUACUGUCGAACUAGCCACAGACAGUCGCAUCUACAUCAAUGAGUCCCUGCUGAAUAAGAUAGGCGGAUGGGCACUUCAUUAUCAUCAGGGGGAGCCUUUCUGGAAAUCCACAGUCCCGCUAGCACAGCAACGCCAGAUGGCAGCAACGAGCCUACGUGGCGACGAAACUAAUUACUUGAGAACAGGGGAUGGAGUCAUUGGGCCGGGAAUUCGGGUAGAAGGCCGCACUAUGGCAUCGUCUGCAGGAGUACGAAUUAGAAAUGGAGCACGGGUCAGAAUCACGUUGGCAGACCACGGAUUUGAAGACGACACAAGGGUUUACCAUCCUGAUGGCGACGGCGGCGACCCGAUUGCUAAUAUAGAAGAGAGAUUUCCUGACCACGACUAA